AUGACAACCUCCAGGAAAAAGGAUGCAAAUCGACGAAGUCUUUUCAAUCUCUGGAUCCCAACUAAAGUCGUUGUCUCUGGAAAGACAAACACAUCUCCAACUGACUCUACUACAACAGAAAGCCCGGCAUCAGAGCCAAUUAUCCCAGGGGCGGGAAAGGAUCGGCUUAGAGUUCGUUUGACUCGCAGUGGCUCCAAAAUCUUACUCUUGCUGGGCUUACGUGGUUCAUCCAAGAGUAACAAGGGGUUCAGUGUCGAUACUGAUUGCUGUGAUUCCGUGAAGGCCGGCGAGCAAAGCCCAGAUCCCUCAAACUCAUCCACCCCGAGUGGUAAUGGCGAUGAUAGCCCAGGAUAUCUCACUGCAGUUGAGUCCCCACAAAGUGAACCACUACCUGUCACUCCUUCACUCAAUGCCGCCACUGAAGGGGUUGAAACUUUAUCUGAACCCCUACCCGACCUACGACCAUCACCCGAGAGUGAGGGCGAAUCGGCUGUUGUCGACGUGCAGCAACAUGCCACAGGUCAGAACUCUUUACCAACUACUAUCACUGGGCAACAGAGCCCAACAAAUCCAAAAUUCGUCGAUCGCUUUUCGCAUAAGAUCUCACUAGCCUUUGGCCAGCCCACUGUAAUACGCCGUGCGCAUCUUCGGUCAAGGCCAAGUAUUUUGCUCGGCAAUUCUCCAGUAAUGGACGACCUGAGCAAACAGAGUGAUGGUGCCAAUGAUAGCUCAGACCCAUCAACUAGCCCUAGUAGCGGUGCGUCUCCUGCUGGUGGGAAGUCUACUCCACUCACUCCACUCACGUCCGGAGGGCCUUCUCCUGCCUCAGAUAAAGACAAGCUGCAUGAUGGGCACGACACCGCAGUGACACACUGGCCCUCUCUCUCCGAGAUCAAUGAAACAGCCAGUCAAUGUGAACCCAAUGCAAUCACUAUAUCCCCGUCAAUUAAAACAGUGGAAGCGACAUCGGUGGCGAAGAUUUACUUGGAACUUUACUUCAACUCCAUUUUCCAAAACAGAGAACCCCGUCAGCAACGCCAGCUCGAAUUGGAACAGCAUAUAUAUGCAUUUGAGCUCACACCCGAAGAGCGGCUGAUGACAAGACACAACUGGAUCUUGCGAGAGAACGAUUACCUGCGACAGUGCCGAGUGCUCAAAUCAAAUCGAUACUGCACUCGAAGGGAAAACGCCAUCUCUGCCGCCGGUUAUAAAGCCAUCAAGAUAUUGGGGAAAGGAAGCUUUGGCGUUGUGCGUCUUGUUCGAGAGAAAGGCUGUGAUUUGGAAAACUCCGAUGAAGACGACCCUCUGGCUCUUAAAGACAACAAUGUCCAAUCUAGAUCAAAUCCUCUUGGAGCUCUAAUGUCUGCUGUCGAAGGUGCUAAACAAAGCCGUCGAAGAUAUAUGACCGGCGAAAAAAAGGAGGUAUAUGCCAUGAAAGUCAUCAAAAAGGCAGAGAUGAUCCGCAACUCCCAGGAAGGCCAUAUUCGAGCAGAAAGAGAUUUCCUUGUUGCCUCUGAGACCUCUCGCUGGGUUGUUCCUUUAAUCACCAGCUUCCAAGAUGCCAACAAUCUGUAUCUUGUGAUGGAUUACAUGGUUGGUGGUGACUUUUUGGGGCUACUGAUUCGCAAAGACACACUCCGCGAGGACUGGGCACGUUUUUACGUCGCCGAAAUGAUAUUGUGCAUCGAGGAGGCACAUAGACUCUGUUGGAUUCAUCGCGAUGUCAAGCCCGAUAACUUCCUCAUCUCUGCGUCGGGCCAUUUGAAGAUUUCUGACUUCGGUCUGGCUUUUAAUGGGCAUUGGUCACACGAUCAAGCCUACUACAACAGCCAUCGCUACUGUUUACUGGAGAAACUUGGCAUUGAUGUCCAGGGUGACUCUGAAGACCAGAAGGAGGCUGCGGAAACGAAAGAGCUUGCGCCUGAAAUACAAUUGCACAACCUGAAUGACUAUACUCUUCAUGAACCAUCCUCGGCAAGUUUGCUGGAUUGGAGAGACAGCAAGGGACGACGCAGAUUCGCAAAGAGUGUGGUUGGAACCAGCCAGUACAUGGCACCAGAGGUCAUUCGCGGUGAAAUGUAUGACGGGCGAUGCGACUGGUGGAGUUUGGGUAUCAUUCUUUACGAGUGUCUAUAUGGUUUCACGCCCUUUGCCUGCGAAAAUCGCCACGAUACAAAGAUCAAGAUUCUUCAACACGCAAGAACCCUGCGAUUUCCACGAGAGAAGUCUACGGACAAGUUAGUCUCCCAGGACGCCAUGGAUCUGAUUACCAGGAUUCUCCAAGAGCGCGAAUAUCGCCUGUGCUCUCCCAAGUAUCAAGCCAAUGAUAUUCUGAGUGGACGUCCUAUCUCAACUCAACUGCUAUACUCUAUGGACCCGCGGUACAGAAAUAUCGCGAGCUACUACGUAUACCCCAACGAUGCAGCAGACAUCAAGAUUCAUCCUUUCUUCCGGGGUAUCCGAUGGCAAGAACUCCACAUGUGCCAACCACCAAUGGUGCCUAGAGUCAGGAACUGGGAGGACACUAGAUAUUUCGAUGACUGGAAGUUGCCCGGCGAUAUUGCUGAGAAUCCUGCUGGUACUGACUCGGAGGAUGUUGACCAAGACCCUGACGAGGUCCUCCCCAGGAAUCAAGAAAUAAUUCCAGUGAAGGACGCUGCGCCGCCAGUUGCUGAGACUACCCCACGUGCAGCACCGGAACAGGCGAAUGACGCCGAAAAGAAAAGGGAGAAGAGGCGACCCCGCGAUAAAAUCCUCCGAGACAAACAAAUGAGCAAGACAGUCUUGGACAUUCGCAAAAAGGGCGCUUUUCUAGGGUAUACAUACCGGCGACCCAACGACAUCGCUUUGGCUUUCAGCGCAGAUCGAGGGCGUCAGCCGUAUACCAGAGGUCAGUUGGCCGGCCUCUAUACAUCGUGA